AUGAAACUCAGCAGGCCAUUCGGUUCUCCAGCGGCCAGACUGCACAACCUUAAAACUUGGGCGCAAUCAAUUUACGCAGCCCUUGCUUGCUAUCCGUAUAGGUCCAUCAAGACUUUGCUUCUUGGACAUAAUAGCUUAAAAGUCAUCCCGCCCGGCGUCUUCCUGCUGGCGGGCCUCGAGCAGCUCGACUUGAACCAUAACAGACUAACCGACGCUAGCGGACCCUGGUACCAUCUCAGCUCUCUUCAGUCCCUCGACUUGUCGCAUAAUGACCUGCGGAUGCUCCCCCCGGACAUUGGUUGGCUGCCUCUCGCCUCCCUGGAGCUGGGGGGCAAUGACAACCUGAGGGUGCCGGAGGGGGUCAUGGCGGGGGGCUUCAGGGCGGUGAUCAGCUACCUCCAGGUCAUAUGCGAGCAGCACCGGCUGGUGGAGCAACACCUGGACAAGUUUGCGGCGCCGGCGACUGAGGGGGAAGGGGGUGGGCCGCUCAGGGCCCGCCCCGCCGACCCCCACACGCUCUCUCAUCUGGUAGCCCGGCGUCUGGGGGCCGCGGCGGUGACUGGUGUGCUGGAUGUCAAGUACGUGGGCACGGAGGCGGCGCUGGCGGAGCUGUCCAAACUACAGGCAGUCUACGUGGCCGAUGUACGGCACAACGGCUGGAGUUCCGUACCGCCUGAGGUGUUAAAGCUCAACGGCCUGGUGGUGCUGAACGCCUCAGAUAACGACAUUGAGUCCCUGGCGGAAGGCAUCACGCCGCAGCACCUGGGGGUCCUCAACCUCUCCUUCAACCGCCUCGCCUCCCUGCCCCCGGCACUGGGCGCUUCUCCCGUGCUUCAGCAGAUGUACCUGGCCAACAACCGCCUCACCGACCUGCCCCGCACCUUUGCCUGUCUGCCCAUGGUGGACCUCUUCCUCAGCGAGAACCUGUUUGAGCGGGUGCCCGUGGCGGUGCUGGGCAUGUCGCAGCUGGCCAAGCUGUCCAUGGCGUGUUGCCGGCUGAGGGAGGUGCCGGAUGCGCUGGGCAGCGUGGCGACGCUUAAGUUUCUCGAUCUGUCGUUCAACCAGCUCAGCUCCCUGCCGGACGGCCUGUCUCGCCUCACCGCCCUCAACGCGCUCAACGUGUCCUUCAACCCGCUGACCGGGUUUCCCCCCGUGCUCACCACCAUCACCGGACUGCUGGAGCUCAACCUGGAUCACACAGGUGUGCAGACUGUUCCUGAGGGGCUGGGUGAGCUGCGGAGGUUGGAGGGGCUGCAGCUGGAGGGCUGUCCACUGCCGGAGCCAGCAGCCACCCUGUAUGCGGCCAACCCGCUGCUGCUGGUGCAGCCGGUGCAGCACACUAUCCGUCACGUGCCCGCUGAGGGUCCCGUUCACAACACCGCGCUGACCUCCCUGGACCUGUCGGGACUGGGCUUGGAAAAGAUCCCGCAGCUGUCCCGGCUGGUCGGCCUGACCGCCCUGGACCUCUCCCGCAACCGCUUCUCCCGGCCCCCGCCCGAGCUGGUUCGUCUCACCGACCUGCACGCCCUCAGUCUGCGGGACAACCCGCUGGCGCACCCCUUUGACGUGCUGCUGGAGGCCCAGGGCGAUUUGGCGCUGGUGGACCUCAUUGACCCGGAAGCAGACAAGCUGGACAUGUCGGGGUGCGGGCUCGAGUCCCUCCCAGCUGAGCUAGCCCCCCAUGCGGGCAAGCUGACGCAGCUCAAGCUGUCCAACAAUAACCUCACCUCCGGUCCCGCCUCCCUGCCCGAGUGGCUCACCUCGUUCGGUGCCCUGGCCACCGUGGUGCUGGACCGCAACCGGCUGGCGGAGCUGCCGGCGGUGCUGACACGCCUGCCCCGGCUGUCCAUUCUCAUGGCGUCAUUCAACGUCAUAUCCAACCUGCAGCAGGACGUGCUGGUGGGGUUCAGCAGGCUCAAGGCACUGGUGCUUCAAAACAACCAGGUUUCGGAGCUGCCAGCCAGCAUCUCCCGGCUCACUGAACUCAAGGCUCUGGUGCUCUCCGGCAACCGACUGACCUCCCUUCCGGAUGCCCUGUGCGGCUGCUCCGGACUGCGGCUGCUGGACAUGUCCCACAACGGCCUCACCUCGCUGCCCUCGGGGAUCGCAGCCCUGUCCAAACUCAAGUCGCUCAAGCUGUCCCACAACGAGCUGCCCACAGUGCCCAGGGGAAUGAGCUGCCUGCUGGGCCUUACGGAGCUGCAGCUCGCGCAUAACCCCCUGCCGCUGCAGGGUAUGGAGCUCAACGCCACCGGCGCGCCUGCUGUACGGCAAAUGAUAGCGGCGCUGCUGGCGGCCUGCGCUGCGCUGCCUGCCGCCAUCCACGCUGCCGAGCUGGAGGCUGCGGCCGCAGCGCUAGCGGCUAAGGCUGCGACGGCGGCGAUGCUGGCUGCGGCCGAGGAGGAGGAGGCGGCUGCGGCGGCGGGUGGCGGCGGUGCGGCCGAGGCGGAGGCUGAGGCGGCGGCGGUGAUGGCUGACGUGGCGGCCCUGCGCGAUGAGGAGGAGCAGCGGGCGGCGGCGCCGGCACCUCCGGGUCCCGCCAGCGGCGAGAUUCGCACCUUGGAGGACCCCGAUGCCAUCCGUAAGCGCGUUGAGAUGUUGCAGCAAUCCCCAAUGGCGGAUUUAAAUUCGGGCGCCGGCAGUUGGGAGGAGCUCAAGCAGCUCCAUCCGGACACCAAGUGGCUCUACGUGGCCAAGCACCAGGAGACCAUUGGCCGCGACCCGCUCAGACCCAAGGCAGACGCCUGGCAGAAGGUGCCCAUCAUGAACAUACCCCGCAUCAUAGCCGCCAUCAGCUCACCGCCGCCGCCACCGCCGCCGGGAGACGGCAGCAGCGCGGGCGGCGGCCUGACGGCCGAGGGCAAGCCUAAGCGGCCGCAGGUGAUGCAUCGUUUUAGGCGCGUUGUGGAUCAGAGUACCAUGGCCAUGAACCUGCUCAACAGGGUACAAGACGUGCUGCACAACGGGCCAGGGGGCGGCGGCAGCGCUGCUGCCUCGGCGGGCCCUGCCAGUCCGGCCCGGGUGCCGUCGACGCCAGCGUUGGCGCCGCCGCCGUCGGCGUUGUCGUCGGUGCAGGCGGCGUCAAUGAUGCCGCCGGGAGUUAUGCCGCUGCCGCCGGGGGUACUGCCCGUUGGGAUUUUGCCGCCGGGCAUGGCAAACGGGCAGUUGCCGCCAGGGUUUAUGCCGCCGCCGCCAGGCAUGCUGCCGCCGCCAGGGCUGUUGCCGCCGCCGCCGCCGCCAGGGAUGAUGUUCCCGCCAGGCAUGCUGCCGCCGCCCGGCCUGGUCUUUCCCCCGGGGAUGAUGCCGCCGCCGGGCAUGCUGCCGCUGCCCCCACCGGGCAUGAUGUUUCCCCCGCCCCCUCCGGGAAUGGUGUUCCCGCCGCCGGGGAUGAUGCCGCCGCCGCCGCCUGGAGGAAUGCCGUCGAUGCCGUCAACACACGUUCGGAGAUGA